AUACAUUUCUCGUCGUUGAUUGCGGUGGUGGAAUAGUCAAUCUCACAAUGAGAGCUCUACUAUCGGGCAAUAAAUUAGAAAAAGAACCAGUAGUAACUGGAAGCCUAUGUGGAAGCACAGAUGUUGAUCAAGAAUUCUUAGAUUUUAUGGGCCGCACAGUAGGUUUUACCGCUUUACAAAGGCUACGAUCAUAUGCUUACGGUGAUUUGCAAAAACUUGUUCAUAGGUUUUUCAUUGAGACUGUAAUGCUUCCGUUCACCGGAGAUCCUGACGAAUUUGAGACCAUUGAAUUGGAUCUCAAGAGAUAUUGCCCUUCAUUGAUUAAAUAUACUACAGGGGCAGAAAGAAUUAACUUAGAAAAUAAUGAAUGGAUUAUCGAAUUAGAGUUUGAGACAGUGACAAAAAUGUUCGAUCCAGUAAUCGGAAAAAUCAUUGAGUUAAUUAAUAACCAAUUCAAACGAGUUCGAGAAAUGUUUCAAGAACGUGUACCCAUUAUUGCGUCUCCCCCACAGCAAGCGGCAACCGUCGUUAAAGGCGCUGUAAAAUACGGAUUAGAUAUGUGCCAGGUUGAAAGUCGAGUUUUGAAAUGA